CCGGGCUGUGAACGGGGGACCGGGCUGUGGGAGUGGGGCUCGGCCGUGAGAAGGCGACCGGGCUGUGGGAGUGAGGCCGGGCUGUGAGGGUGCGCCGGGCUGACCGAGGCCCUUCUACGUGCCCGGAGCUUCCCCUCCCGGCGAAGGGAGGCCCUUCGGCCUCUGCCCCGGCCCCGCGCUCCUCCCCGGCCGUUGGUCACGGCGCAGCCGGAGCCGAUCCCAGCCCGUCCCAGAGCGCCCUCGCCUGUGCCUGCUAUUCCGGCUGCUGGGAGCAGCCUGCUGCGGCCUCUGCGGGCUGGCCGUGGGCCGGUGGGUUCGGAGUCGCCCGGCGCAAGCCCAGAGCACAGUUCAGAGCCCUGUCGCUGCCAGGUUUUCCAGUCUUUGCGUUUGCCUGCUUUCGUUUCCACCAGCGAUCCUCAGCCACUGGCGGAUGGAGAGUAAUGAUUGUUUUUCCUGGUGAUUGCUUUGGCUACUCCAAGUUGCUGAUGAUGAAUUAGUAGAAUAUGGAUUGUUAAAGUAAUACAAGUCAUCAUAAAAUGGAUGGUUUGGGCAGCCUCCUUCCUCCUGUGAUUGGAAAUGAUGAUACAGAUAAUCCAAGAGAAUUACUAAAACUUCUGAUAGAUGAAAAAAUGCGAAGUGAACGCCAUAAAGCAAAUUAUCAAAUUUUAAAGGCGGAACAUCAAAGAUUACAGGGUGAUUAUACCAAAUCACAAGAUGAAAUGAAGCAGUUAUUAGAUGAAAAACAGACUGCAAAUGACAAAGUUCAGCAGCUUGUCACUGAAUAUCAAGAGCAGUUGCUGGGUAAAUCGCAAGAGCUGGAAAAACUGAAGAUGCAGGUGCUAACUCCUCAAAAAUUAGAACUCUUAAAAGCAAAAAUACAGGAGGAAUUGGAAUCUCCUAUGAGGGAACGUUAUCAGAAGCUAGAAGAUGAAGUGGAAAAAUACAGGACACUAUAUAACAAACUUCGUUAUGAACAUACUUUUCUGAAAUCAGAAUUUGAACAUCAACAGGAAGAACAUGCACGUACUUUAGAACAGAAGAAAAUAAAAUAUGAGGCUGAGAUUGCAAGACUGGAUAAAGAUAAAGAAGAACUCCAUAACCAGCUGCUUAGUGUUGAUCCCACAAAGGACAGUAAACGUGUGGAGGCACUCUCUAGAGAAAAGGCACAACUGUGUCAGAAAUUAAAAGCCUUAGAAGCAGAAGUAGAAGAACUAAGAGCAGAAAGACACAAUUGUGGUGUGCAAGCAGAAAGUGUUCAAAGAGUACAGGCACGACAGAUAGCUGAGAUGCAGGCUACAAUGCGAUGUCUAGAGGCAGAAAAGAAGUCUGCUGAACUGCAGGUCGAUCGAAUUGAGAAAGAACUACAGAUGAGUAAUGAGCAGAACAUUGUCUUAACUAGCAAACUCAACAAAUGUGAACGAGAAGUCAGUUCCUUAGCUGCUAAAGUAGAAGAACUUAAACAUUCGCAUAAAUUGGAAGUAACAAAUGUCAAACUGGAGGCAGCAAGAACAAAGAGUGAGGUAGAAAGGGAGAAAAACAAGAUUCAAAGUGAAAUGGAUGGAUUGCUGUCCGACAAGGAAAUUCUUAAGGCAGCUGUUAAACGUCAUAAAGUGCUUUUAGUAGAAAAGGAUCGGGAGCUAAUUCGUAAAGUGCAAGCUGCCAAAGAGGAAGGUUUUGACAAUAUUGCAGCCUUACAGAAUGAAAAGUUAGAACUUGAGAACAGAUUAGCUGAUCUAGAGAAGAUGAAACUGGAACAAGAUACUUGGAGACAGUCUGAAAAGGAUCAGUAUGAAGAGAAACUACGUGCUGCACAGAUGGCAGAAGAAUCUAGCAAAAAGGAACUUCAGCGUUUGAGAUUAAAAAUUCAACAGCAAGCUAUGCAGAGAAAAGAGCUGGAAGAAUGGAAACGUGAAAGCGCUGAUCAGAAACAGCAAAUGUACAACAUGGAACUCCAGCUUGCCUCACUUUCUCAAUCAGAAAAGGAUUUGCUGGAGUCUAAUGAGAAGUUGAAGGAAAGAAUAGAAAGACUGAAACAAGAAUGUCAGCAGGCAGAGAAAGCUCAACUGGAAAGAGAGAAGAUUUUAGAAUGCCAGCGUAUGGAAUGGCUGCAGGAGAAGCGUACGCUUACUCAGUGCAUCACAGACUAUGAAGAGAAAUAUAACCAGCUGAGGAACAAGCUGUGUCGAGCUGCUGUUGCUCAGAAAAAGAGAAAGACUCUCAAUGACAAUAAACAAAGGAGGAUGCGUGAAAAAAUAGAACUUUUGGAAGCCAAGAUGGAAGAACUAGAAAAACAAAAUCAGAUGUUAAUUAGGCAGAAUGUUUCCUCUGAAGAAUAUGCACGCCUCCAGAAGAGACUAAAGGACUUGCAACGUCGGCACAAUGAAUUCCGGAGUAUAAUUCUGAGCCCUAACAUACCAUCACUCAAUCCACUUGGGAUAAUGCCAUCGUCUGCCCUGCCUCCUGGGUCUGAAGUGUCCUUCCCUCUUCUUCAGGAGGAGCAGCAUCAAAGAGAGCUUUCCCUGCUUCGCAAGAGGUUGGAAGAACUAGAAACCAGACAGAGAAAACAGCUGGAAGAUCUUGGACCACCUAGAGAGCGGGUAAUGGGGGAUGCGUACAGGGACUUGGCAAGAAACAAGAUCACUGGAGAAAGUGAAGCACAAAGCGAGGACUCUAAAUAAAUUUGCAAGUCUCCAUGCUCUUAACUUGCAAUAACUUAUCCUUUGUAUGUGCAUUUAAUAUUUUGCCAAAAACAUGCCUGGAUGUGCCUGAAUAGAAGCAAAUAUACUCUGCAUAGUUA